AUUAUUUCCGUUUUGGUCAAGUCACUGUCAUUCUACCCGUGACUCUGAGUCCUAGUACCACUGUUGGUCCACAACUUAAUAGAAGACCCAUGAUGACUGCCCUCAGGCGAAUUCAAAAGGAGCUCCAAGAUAUCACAAACAGACCGCUCGAUGGAAUAACAGUCGAACCAGAAGCAGAUAACUUACUCGUUUGGAAGUGUUCAGUGAAGGGCUCUCCAGAUAGCCCAUAUAAAACUGGGACAUUCCACUUCAAGAUCGAGCUCCCGACGAAUUUUCCAUUCAAGGCGCCGAAUGUCACAUUCUUAACUAAGAUUUACCAUCCCGGCAUCAACGAAGAGGGCCACAUUUGCGUUCCCAUUCUUCGUGAUGAGUGGAAGCCAUCAGUAACACUAUCAACAGUGCUGGCGGUAAUUCAAGAGAAAGUGAAUAAUCCAAGCCCGGACGAUCCGUUCGAGCCUGAAAUCGCUGCAUUGUUAAAGAACGACAAAGCAAAGUUCUUAGCUACAGCAAAGGAAUACACGAAGAAGUACGCAAUGUAGGCUCGGACGGUAGCAAACCGCUUCCCGCGACAGCUCUGAGUUAUCCUGAUGUAGUAUGGGGACUCAGUAGAAGAUAAAGGGGUUGUCAUAAAUGAAUUUCGGUAUCCUGCGGGCGUCACUGACAUGAUGCCCGCGUGUGUAUUAUUUACAUACUUAAAGCCAGUCUGCUUCACUUCAUGUGAGCUGGGCGAAGGGAGUUAGAUCUGUGUUCACGAGGCCUGGAACGAAGACACCGCAGCAGAUAUUGGUCAAGGAUCUAGAAUCUUGAAACUGAUAGGGCUUGGCAUGCAGGGUGUUGCGGCUUUCAUUGGC